UACGAACAGUCCCAAGACCACACUCUAAAAUUAUGAAUAGUCCCAAGACACCCUUUAAAAUUAUGAACAGUCCCAAGACACCCUCUAAAAUUAUGGACAGUCUGAGGCACCCUCUAAAAUUAUGGGCAGUCUUGAGGCACCCUCUAAAAUUAUGAACAGUCCCAAGACACCCUCUAAAAUUAUGAACAGUUGCAAGACACCCUCUAAAAUUAUGAACAGUCCUGAGACACCCUCUAAAAUUAUGAACAGUCCCAAGACACCCUCUAAUAUUAUGAACAGUUGCAAGACACCCUCUAAAAUUAUGAACAGUCCCAAGACACCCUAUAAAAUUAUGGACAGUCUUGAGGCACCCCAUUCUAAAAUUUCAAUAGUUUGACAUCCUCCUUAUCAACUGUUGUCAUGGGUUGUCAGGACGCCGACGGCUAGAAGGUCAUAAUGGUGCACAAU